AAAAGAACAAAAUAGUAAAUAAAGGAAUAGGUUUGAAUCAGAAUAAUAAUUAUUUACAUUUCAAACUAUAGAAUAACCAUCAAUCGAUCAUAAAUUUUACUCAAUUGACCAAUUUCUCACAAUCAACUUGAUAGAAUUGAAAGAUUGUUUAGAAUUAAAAUACUGCAAUAGAAACCAUUAGAAGCGACGUUUAACUUUCUAUAAUAUUAGAGUAGGCGAUUGACAGACCAAUUUUCAUUGCCCACCAUUUCUGUGUCCCCGUUAGUUAUUUAUUUGGGAUAUUGCAUACGCCGUGUAUCUACAUGUUAGCUAGUAGCGUUUUCAAUUGAUGACUUCCAAUCUUCUCAAGAAGCUUCAUAUUACGAAACUGAACCAUAGCAAUAGCUCCACCCAAACAACACCAGAAAAUAGCCAUCCAGCCGAUCUUUGCGUAGACAAUUUGAAUUCGCAAGAAAAGAUGGAGUAUCAAAUGAGCCACCAAACCUUACCAUCACAAGAUCAACAGCAACAACAACAACAACAACAACAACAACAACAACAACAACAACAACAACAACAACAACAACAACAACAACAACAACAACAACAACAACAACAACAACAACAACAACAACAACAACAACAACAACAACAACAACAACAACAACAACAACAACAACAACAACAACAACAACAACAACAACAACAACAACAACAACAGCACCAACAACAACAUGUUCCUGCGCAAAUGAGUCAAGGAGUGGUACCACAGGUUCCUACUCAAUUGACUGCCGAACAACAGCGUACAAAUGAUGCUAUCCAAAGAUCGUUGUUACCUGAGCGUUCAACCGUAUCAAAGGGUAAAUAUUCGCUUACUGAUUUCCAUAUCAUGCGUACUCUUGGUACUGGAUCCUUCGGAAGAGUUCAUCUUGUUCGAUCUGUACACAAUGGGAGAUACUAUGCGAUCAAAGUGUUGAAGAAGGCUCAAGUGAUUAAAAUGAAACAAAUUGAACACACAAAUGACGAAAGAAGAAUGUUGAAAUUGGUUGAACAUCCAUUUCUUAUUAGAAUGUGGGGAACUUUCCAAGAUUCAAGAAACCUUUUCAUGGUUAUGGAUUAUAUUGAAGGUGGUGAACUUUUCUCAUUAUUAAGAAAAUCUCAAAGAUUCCCUAAUCCAGUGGCAAAGUUUUAUGCUGCAGAGGUUACGUUGGCAUUAGAAUAUUUACACUCUCAUGAUAUCAUCUAUCGUGAUUUAAAACCUGAAAAUAUAUUACUUGAUCGUAAUGGACAUAUUAAAAUCACUGAUUUUGGGUUUGCAAAGGAAGUUAGUACUGUCACAUGGACAUUGUGUGGUACUCCUGAUUAUAUUGCACCCGAGGUUAUUACCACCAAGCCAUAUAAUAAAUCUGUUGAUUGGUGGUCUUUAGGGGUACUUAUAUUCGAAAUGCUCGCAGGUUAUACUCCAUUUUAUGAUUCAACUCCAAUGAAAACAUAUGAAAAGAUUUUAUCGGGAAAAAUUCAUUUCCCAAGUUUUUUUGGACCAGACGUUCAAGAUUUAUUGUCAAGACUUAUAACUGCCGAUUUAACUAGAAGAUUAGGAAACUUGAGUAAUGGACCAGCUGACAUUAGAAAUCAUCCUUGGUUUCAAGAAGUUAUCUGGGAGAAGUUGUUGGCUAAAGAUAUCGAGACUCCUUAUGAACCCCCAAUCACUGCUGGUGUUGGUGAUUCGUCAUUGUUUGAUCACUACGCUGAGGAGCAAUUAGAUUAUGGGUCCAUUGGAGACGAUCCAUAUGGACAUUUCUUUGUGGACUUUUAAUUAAAUUUUUCAUAAUUUCAAAUUAAUUGAAAGGACUUACGUUUUUUUUAAUUAUAAAGAUUGUUUUUAACCAUAUAAAUACACGUACUCGAGAUAAUAUGCUAGAUUUUACUACAACAUUAAACUAGUUCU